AUGUCUCCCUCGACCCCCAAAAAACAGACCAGCAUAUCGUCGUUCUUCGUAGCAUCUCCAGUAGCUGCUGAUAAAGGCCACCAAAAACGGAGAGCAGUUUCUCCUAUUGAUUUGACAGGGGAUUCAUAUAAUUCAACGUCACCUCCUAGUACUAAGAGACCGAGAACCACCACCAGCAGCUUCUUCUCGAUUGCCGGGCCUUCUACACAAAGCACACAAGAUAUUGCGUCAAAUAUCGCUAUCCAGGAACGCGAUGGCAGGGCUACAGAACAAUGGCAAUUCGAUCCAAACGCACCUUCGCAGCCUACAGGCGUUCUUGAUGAGGAACAAAGAAAGCGUCAUGAACGGGCGAAACGUAUUCUCCUCGGUGACUCUGAGUUCUUCCGGAAAUCGAGCGAGGGUGUCCGUGACGUCAACCCCGAGGACGCCGAUGGUGAUGAAGGAGAUGACGGGGGUGGAAGAGCUGCUAGCAAUACGGCCGCAGAGCCCGGUUCAGAUGAAGCGUUCAAUGAGUUGAUGGAGAUGUUUGCAAAUUCUAAGGCAAAGCCGAUGAAGGGCAAACGCAAGGCUAUGGCCGCACCGAACACAAGAGUGAAGGUACAGGAAAUAGGACCCAGUGGCCUUGCAUACACGCCACUGGAACUUCAGAUACGAGACCUGAAGAGCAAACAUCCCGGUACCAUGCUCAUGAUUGAGGUAGGCUAUAAGUUUUACUUCUUUGGAGACGAUGCUCCGAUUGCGGCCAAAGAGCUCGGCAUGGUUUGCUUCCGCAAACGGAAUUUUAUGUGCGCCUUUGUACCUGCACAGAGGAAAGACAUAUAUCUGAAGAAGCUGCUCUCACAAGGCCAUAAAGUAGGCAUUGUGGAGCAAACCGAGACAGCGGCACUCAAGAAAGCUGGUGACAACAGGAACGAGCUCUUUUCACGCAAAUUGACGCAUUUAUAUACGGCAGCAACGUACAUCGAGGACCUCAACUCGGUGGACGACCUCGACCCAACCUUUGCACCACCCCUGAUGUGUGUGGUCGAACAGCUCAGGGGUGGCAUGGGUGCUGACGAACGAGUGCGCGUUGGAAUGGUGGUAAUCUCGCCCAGCACGGGAGACGUCGUAUGGGAUGAGUUUGACGAUAACCACAUGAGGACGGAGUUGGAGACAAGACUAGUGCAUACGAAGCCGUAUGAACUACUCCUUCCUGAAACACAACUGAGCAAAUAUAGUGAGAAGAUGAUUGCGCAUACAGUGGAAUACUCCAGCUCUGCUGAUAUCAUGACGGAACACCGGACUCGGAUAGAACGGUUCAAAGAUGACCUCACAUACACCGAGGCGUUCUCUAUGCUCACUAAGUUCUAUACCGAUAAGACCAAGACCGGCAUCGCAUCUGAGGGGUACAAUUCGGGCAGGUUGAUGGCUGCUGUAGCUGACUUCCCUAAACUCGUGGUGCUAGCUUUGGCACACGCGAUAAACUACUUGAUGGAUUUCAAUCUCCAAGAUUGUCUGCGGGAAACGAGGUUCUUCGCAAAAUUCACAGAGCGUACACACAUGCUGCUCAGUGGCAAUACUUUGGAACAUCUGGAGAUAUAUCGCAAUCAGACUGAUCGCACGACCAAGGGUUCGCUCAUUUGGAUUCUGGAUCAUACCUCGACGAAUUUCGGCGCGCGUAUGCUUCGCAGCUGGGUCGGAAGGCCGUUGGUUGACAAGAGGGCGCUACAGGACAGAAUCGAUGCAGUAGAGGAGGUCCUCGCUGAUGAGUCGCCCAAACUCACACAGUUGCGGGAGCUGUUGAGACGUCUGCCUGAUCUAGCAAAAGGCUUGUGUCGCAUUCAAUAUGGCAAGUGUACGCCGCAAGAGCUGGCAAAUCUCCUCCCCUCAUUCAGCAAAAUUGCGAACACAUUCCCUCCAAUUAUCAAUCCUGAAGGUCGGCCUUUCAAGUCGGAGUUGUUGAACGAUAUCGUGACCGCUCUGCCCAAAUUGAGGGAGCCUAUGAGGGAGUUGCUGGAUAGUGUCUCGCUUAAGAUGGCGAAGGAAGGCAAGAAGGAAGCCUUGUGGACCGAUCCCGACAAGUAUCCGGAUAUCGAUUCUCUCACCGCGUCAAUACAGGUGAUUGAGUCGGAGCUCGUGGAUGAGUUGAGGAACAUACGCAGGAGACUCAAAAAGCCAGCACUUUUGUACAGUACGUGGUUAGGAGAGGAAUACCUGGUUGAGAUCAAAAAGAACGAGAACCGGCAAGUGCCACACACGUGGCAAUUGAUAUCCAGUACGAAAACCCUCAGACGGUAUCGUACGCCUGAGGUCAGGGAGAAGGUGCAGCAGCGCGCACAGUUCAAGGAAGCCUUGGAUGCAGCGGCAAACAAAGCAUAUCAGUCCUUCCUCGGAGAGAUCUCACAGAAAUACUAUGCCCUUAUGCGAGAUGCAGUGAACAAGCUAGCUGUGGCUGACUGUCUGCUUAGCUUGGCGCGUGUGGCGCUGCAAGAGGGUUAUGUCAAGCCACAAUUCACUGAGGACGACACAUUAGAGAUAGUGGAAGGCAGACAUCCUAUGGUGGAAGUACUCCGAUCCGAACCAUUUGUUCCAAAUACAGUUCGUAUGGGAGCUGGACAUCCUGCGAGCAAGAUCAUUACUGGUCCUAAUAUGGGCGGCAAGAGCUCAGUCGUGAGGAUGAUCGCUAUCUGUGCAAUAGUGGCACAGAUUGGUUCGUAUGUCCCUGCUGUUUCCUUGAAAAUCGGUAUGCUAGACGGCAUACUGGUUAGAAUGGGCGCUUCGGACGAGCUCGCCCGCGGACGAUCAACGUUCAUGGUCGAGAUGCAGGAGACAAACGAAAUACUCCAAAACGCGACGCCCAAGUCGCUCGUCAUCCUGGACGAACUUGGGCGUGGUACUUCGACCAUCGACGGGAUGGCCAUUGCCGACGCCGUGCUACAGCAUCUGUUGCAAAACGUCAAAUGCAAGACGCUCUUCAUCACGCACUACCCUCAGGUGGCUUCCGAUGUACAGCGCAUGUUCCCAACUGCGGUUGAAAACGUACACAUGAGCUACACAGAAGACACGCGGAUUGACGGGACACGCGAAGUGACGUUCCUAUAUCGUCUCACGCCUGGUGUCACUACGGAGUCGUUCGGCGUGGAAUGUGCCCGUCUAGCUGGCGUAUCGGAGCCUAUACUGCGAGUUGCGUCCUCGCGCUCGGAAGAGAUGCGCCGUUUGAUGGAGGGACGUAUCAGGCGCAAUAAGUACGUGUGA